AUGUCGAGGAAGUUCCCUCUCGGCUCCACCUCGUUCGCCCUCUCGCUCGACUUCAGCUUCCCGCGACCGGCUCGCUUGCCACCAUCUCGACGUUCGCCGCACCCGGGCGCUAGACUAGACAGACAGGCACUCCUCCUCACCGCCUCAUCCCGCACCGUCCCCCUCCUCCUCCUCACCUCUCGCCCACACACACACACCCUCCAGCCAGCCAAGAUGCAAGGAAUAGGCGUCUCGAACCUCCCGAACCAGCGCCACAAGAUCGUCGCCAAGCAGGGAGGGCACUUUACGUUGAUGGUUGUUGGCGAGAGCGGACUGGGGAAGACGACGCUUAUCAACACCCUCUUCUCGACCGAGUUGGCGAGCGUCAAGGACUACUCGCGGCGUUUCGCCAAGCAGAUGGACAAGACGACCGAGAUUGACAUCAUCAAGGCAGAGCUCGAGGAGAAGCAGUUCAAGGUCAAGCUCACCGUCAUCGACACUCCCGGCUUUGGCGACUACGUCAACAACCGCGACUCGUGGAUCCCCAUCGUCGACUUUGUCGACGACCAACACGAGUCGUACAUGCGCCAGGAGCAGCAGCCGCAGCGAGGCAGCAAGCUGGACCUCCGUGUGCACGCCUGCCUGUACUUCAUCCGCCCAACCGGCCACAGCCUCAAGCCGCUCGACAUCGAGAUCAUGAAGCGGCUCGGUUCGCGCGUCAACCUCAUCCCGGUCGUCGCCAAGGCCGACACCCUUACGCCCCAGGACCUCGCGGCGUUCAAGCAGCGCAUUCGCGAGGUCGUCCAGGCACAGGGCAUCCGCAUCUACACGCCGCCUGUCGACACUGACGACGAGCAAGCGGUCGAGCACGCGCGCAUCCUCAGCGCUGCUAUGCCCUUCUCCAUCAUCGGCUCGACUGACGAGGUGCAGACCGCCGACGGCCGCUCGGUCAAGGGUCGCCAGUACCUCUGGGGCGUUGCCGAGGUCGAGAACGAGGAGCACUGCGACUUUAAGAAGCUGCGCAGCUUGCUUAUACGCACGCACAUGCUCGACUUGAUCCAGACGACCGAGGAAGGGCACUACGAGAGCUACAGGCAGACGCAGAUGGAGACGAGGAAGUUUGGCGAGCCCAAGGUCAAGAAGGUCGAGAACCCCAAGUUCAAGGAGGAAGAGGAGGCGCUCCGCAAGCGCUUCACCGAGCAGGUCAAGAUGGAGGAGGCGAGGUUCAGGCAGUGGGAGCAACACCUCAUCGCCGAACGCGACCGCCUCAACAAGGAUCUCGAGCAGACCCACAGCCAGAUCAAGGCGCUCGAACUCGAGCUCGACCAGAUCGGCGGCGGUCCGAUGGGCUACGGCUCCGCUGCCAGCCGCAGCACGAUGGGUCGUCGCUAG